AUGAAGUUGCCAGAGCGAUAUCGAGAAAAUGAAAGUUAUGGAUACUGUGAGGUAGAAAGGAUCUGCUUCUGUCUACGCUUUGGCCUACAGCUCCCCCAGGCUAUUGCACGAACCCCCUCCGCUGGCAGCCCCGGCCGUGGGGUCUCUGGCCUUCAACCCACAAUACCGUCCUACGCUGAAUCGGGAAUAGAACUUGAAAAUUAG